AAUUCAAAUCAAGAUAAAAAGGACUCUAAGAAUAAAAAAGAAACAAAAACACUUCAAGAACGAAUGAAAAGUCAGCUGAAUGAAGCCAGAUUCCGGUUCCUAAAUGAACAGUUGUACACUCUGACUGGACCAGAAGCUUUCUCAAUGUUCCAAGAAGAUCAGGAAUCGUUCAAGGUCUACCAUGAAGGUUUUCAGUCACAAGUUUCAAAAUGGCCAGUCAACCCUUUAAACAUUUUCAUCAAUCAAGUCAAAAAAUUACCAAAAACUCACACAAUAGCAGAUUUUGGUUGUGGUGCUGCAGAAUUAGCUCAAAGUGUACCACAGAAAGUUCAUUCGUUUGAUUUGGUACCAUUAAAUAAAUUUGUUACCGUCUGUGAUAUCUCUAAGGUACCAUUACCUACUAAAAGUAUGGAUGUAGCAGUAUUUUGUUUAUCACUAAUGGGUACCAAUCUAAAUGAUUAUGUAGCUGAAGCUAAUAGAGUAUUACAACCAGGUGGUGAAUUAAAGAUAGCUGAAGUAGAAAGUAGAAUAGCCAAUUCACAGAACUUUAUAACACAAAUAGAAAGUUUUGGUUUUAAACUCUUAGAAAAGGAAACCAGUCAUAAGAUGUUUCAUCUAUUUUAUUUCAAUAAAGUCAAACCCUGUAUAAAAUCAGCUAUUCAAGAUGUCGAACUAAAUCCCUGUAUAUAUAAAAGAAGAUAAGAGGAAAUAUUGGACAAUUCCUGAAAAAUAUUGAUGAAACUUUUAAAGAUUGGUUCUCUUAUUCAUUAAUGAAAAUGAAAGUUGAGUUUGUCUCACAUGUCCAUAAUUAAUUGAAAAUUAGCCAAAUUAGAAGAGAAUUACCAUCAGAAUUUCAAUGAGUGACCGAUCAAGAAAGGUCAAAAAGUCUCUUUUUUUUGUUUAUCC